AUGGAUAAUAAAUUGACAAAAAUUCGUCGAACAUUUGCUAUUCAAUUAACAACAAAACAUAAACUUAAAUUACAUAUUCCAAAUAAUGAUUCAUCAGAUUCAAUAUUUGAAAUAUUUAUUAAUGAAAUGUCUAAACAAUUACAUAAUAAAUUAAUUAAACAAGAUGAACAAUUAUUAAAAGAAACAAAUAGAAAUUCUCCAUUAUUUAUACAAAGAAAACAACUUCAAAAAGAUAUUGAUGAUUUUCAAAUAUUAAAUAAACGUCAAGAUGUACGUACAAUACAACAAAUUAUUGAACGUGUUGAACAUAUGGCUAUGUUUAAUAGAAAAUAUGAUACAACUCAAAUUGAAUCUUUAUUACAAACGAAUAAACAAUCUCAAUCAAUAAUUAUUCCAACUAUGAAAUCAAUUUCAGUAUCAUGUCCUUAUCGAGCUUUAUGUUGUGAAUUAGUUGAUCGUCUCAAUUGGCCAUCGGAAUUAUUUGCACCUGAAUAUGAUCGAUGUUUUUGUAAGACAUGUUAUCCAAUAACAUUACCUAAUGCUUGUCAAGGUAAUAUUGGAAAUAAAUAUCCAAUAAUUAUACCAAGAAAUUGGAUGAAAUUUGGACUUAAAAUUGAUGAAGUUCAAGCUAAAAUCCAUCAAAUUUGGGAUAAAUGGGCAAUAUCAUAUCAUGGUACAUUACCUAAUGCUGCAUUAUCAAUGAUUAAACAUCGACAAAUUUGUUUACCUGGUGAUACACUUUUAGAUGGAACAAAAUUAACAAUUCGACCUGGACAUAUUAAUGGUCAAAAAGCUUUUUUUACUUCACCAACAAUUCGUUAUGCAGCUCAAAACCAUUAUUCAACUCCACUUGAAUUUACAUCACAAAUAGAUAAAUAUGUUUAUACAGCUAAAAUUGUUUUACGUUGUCGUCAAAUGCCUGGUACAUUUACAAUUCAAGGUGAAACAUUAAAUAAUUCUCAAAUCAAUGGAACAGAUUUUUGUGAUAUUAUACCUGAUGAACAAAUUGAAUGGAAAACUGAUAAACGUGGUACAGUUAUUUUUGAUGGAUUAUGUAUUCGAUUAAAACGAGUAUCAAAUCAAACGUUUAAU